AUGGAGCAUUUACCCCUGCAAGACAUGAAGGGCUUCCUGUUCCUCACCCUCCUCCUGCUGCCCGUGCCUGCUGGAGCUGCCUGGAGUGCGAAAUACGCAGUAGAUUGCCCUGAUCCCUGUGACAGUAACGCAUGCAAAAGCACCGCGCGCUGCAAGCGGACGGUGCUGGAUGACUGUGGCUGCUGCAGAGUGUGUGCAGCUGCACUGGGGGAGACUUGCUAUCGUACUGUCUCGGGUAUGGAUGGUGUCAAGUGUGGCCCUGGGCUGAAGUGCCAGUUUUACACUGAGGAGGAUGACUUUGGUGAUGAAUUUGGUAUCUGCAAAGAGUGUCCCUAUGGUAGCUAUGGAAUGGAAUGCAGGAAAACCUGCAACUGUCCCUCCGGCAUCUGUGACAGAGUAACAGGGAAGUGUCUGAAGUUCCCGUUUUUUCAACUAUCUGCUUCAAAGCCUCCAAAUCGACGAAAAAUAUCCUCACACACAGAUAGUGACAUGGCAUCAGGGGAUGGAAAUUCUGUAAAAGAGGAAUUUGUUAAAGAGAAAGUUAUUCGCUCUCCAGUAAUGAAAUGGCUAAAUCCUCGCUGA